GUCAGAGGAAGUGAGGAACAGCCUGUAAACUUUAUCUUUUUUAAUCGUUUUUAUACAACAUGAAGCUUAUUAAACAUUAACAGAUGUUAUGUCUGAGCCAUCCUGAACAGUUUUGGUAGAUCUCUGAAGGGUCGACGUUUAUGAAAGCCAUGGCCAAAUCUAAAAAACCUGUUGUGGACAAUCCUGGUAAUCAUUCUAAGCGAGGUAGGAAACCCAAGACAAAAGCUGGUGGCUUAGAAUCCAAAGGGCAGCAGACAGGCACUGAAAAAAGCCUUUCUUCGCUUCCUGAACAGACUUCAUCAAAAGCGACUUCCCCUCACAGUGAUGUCUCAAGUAGCAAGAAAUCUGUUCAAGCUUCACAAAAGCCUCAGAGGACUCCGAGUUCAGGCCAGGAUUCUUCAACGAAUCAGGCAGUUAAAACCCUUCAGAGAUCAUCCAGGGCAGGAGACUCUGGAGAAACAAAAUUAGACAAAACUGCCUCAAAAAGCUCAGAGGAAACGAGCACAGGUUCCACUCUGGUUCAGUCACGUUUGGCAUGGAAAACAAUGGCCCAACCUGCUCCUGUUUCAGAUGCACUUAAGAUCCCACCUGCUGAACACGGAGCUUCAGGGAAAACCAUGAAGCUUUCAUCAGCUCCGCAGUUAAAGCUACCUCAAAAACCUAAACCAAGCAGUCCAGCAAAGCAACAAGCAGUAGGAAAGAAGAGGAAGAGGAAAAUGGGCUUGUACAGUUUUGUCCCCAAAAAGAAAACCAAAGGAUCAGCUAAACAAAAUCCCACGGUACUCACUUCAGGCAAACAGAAAGAGUUUUUGCGCAAGGUCAGAGGAGUACAGCUUCCAUUAGAGAAAGCAUUCAAACCCAGAAUGAAUGUGGACGGUGAAGAGAAGCAGAACAUCAAAACUGAAGGAGAUGCAGCUGCUACUCAGAAACAGAACGAAAAUCUAAAAGCUCCAGAAAACAUGUGUGAAGAAUAUACAGAACUGCCUCUGCACACACUGGCCCAGGAGAGUGUGCUUACAGCUAUUCACACAGGUUUACCCGAGAAUAAGGAGAAUAUGGAGGCGGAUGAGAUGCUGGAGCCACCACUGUGCUGCUGCCGCAUGGAGACACCCCGGAACCAGGAUGUAGUAACACUGGCAGAGGGAAAGUGCAUGGCUGUGGAAAGUGUAGAUGGGGAGGUAAGCUUAUGCCGAAAACCAAUCCAGAAGCAGGAGAUGAUGCGACCGUCUUUGCGGAUACCGCUGCAGGUGCUGUGUGAGGAUCAUCGAGCUGGCAUGGUCAAACACCAUAGCUGCCCGGGCUGUGGUGUGUUCUGCAGAGCUGGAACGUUCAUGGAAUGCCAACUGGACAGGCACAUCUCUCAUCGGUUCCACCGGAGCUGUGCAUCAACCAUUCGUGGUCAGCUCUUCUGCCCUCAUUGUGGUGAGGAGGCCAGCCAAGCUAAAGAGGUCACCAUUCCUAAAUCCAGCGCUGUUACUGCUGUGCCCACACUAACCACGUCUGCUCAGCCUAAUGACAAGAAAAACCUUGUUUCAGCAGAGAAACCAGAAUCAGACCCCCCUUCUCCCGGGAAAGCUGCUGCAGAGUCACAGGAAACAGUCUUAGGAGCUCUAGAGGAUGGAACAUGUAAAAAGUCAAAGUUUUCUCCGAAGCAGCUCUACUUCUCAGCUAAAAGAGGUGACCUUCAGCAAGUCAUGCAGAUACUGAUGGAAGGAGCGGAUCCAAAUUUGCAGACGGAGAGUGAGAAAAGAUGCACUCCUCUCCACACUGCUGCUGUCGAGGGCCAUAAAGAGAUCUGUCACAUUCUAGUUCAGGCGGGAGCAAAUCUGGAUGUGUGUGAUGAUCAACAGCGGACUCCUCUGAUGGACGCCUGUGAGAAUAAUCACAUGGAGACGGUGAAGUACCUGCUAAAGGCUGGAGCUUCCACAUCACACAAAGAUAUAAGGGGCUCUACGUGCCUUCACAUGGUGACUCGAGGAGGCCACAUAGGCGUUCUACAGCAUCUUCUCUCCUCUGCCCCUGUAGACAUUAACUGUAAGGAUGAUGGUGGGUGGACCCCAAUCACAUGGGCAACAGAAAACAUGCACAUAGAGCAGGUUAAACUGUUGAUUGCCAAGGGUGCCGAUAUCCAUAUGAGAGACAAGGAGGAGAAUAUCUGUCUGCACUGGGCAGCGUUUGCAGGAUGUGAUAAUAUUGCUCAGCUUUUGCUGGAGAACAGAUCAGACCUGCAUGCCGUAAAUGUACACGGAGACUCACCUCUGCACAUCGCUGUCAGACAAAACCAGCUAGACUGUGUCAUGCUCUUUCUGUCCCGAGGAGCAGACGUAAACGUGAAGAAUAAGGACGGUGAGACUCCUUUGGACUGCUGUAGUGUAAACUCCAAGGUGUGGACCAUCCUGAACACCAGCAAGAGGUUGGCCGAUGCCCGCAGAGGGAGAGACAGCCAGGGGGAAAGGCUUCUCUGCAGGGAUUUGUCUCAUGGGUACGAGGAAGUCCCAGUGACCUGUGUGAAUGGCGUGGACCAAGCAGCCUGCCCAAAUGACUUCAAAUACGUUCUUGAGAACUGUUUUACAGCCCAGUUUAACAUAGAUGAAAAUAUUACCCACUUACAGCACUGCACGUGUAAAGAUGACUGCUCUUCCAGUAAUUGCAUUUGUGGGCAGCUCAGCAUGCGCUGUUGGUACGACAGGGAAGGACAUCUGCUGAAGGACUUUUGUAGAGAGGACCCGCCCUUCCUUUUUGAAUGUAACCACGCCUGUUUGUGCUGGAGAACGUGCCGAAACCGAGUGGUACAGAACCGAAUGAGGGUACGGCUUCAAGUCUUCCGAACUGCCAAAAUGGGCUGGGGUGUAAGAGCACUGCAGGAUAUCCCUGAAGGAUCCUUCAUCUGCGAGUUUGCUGGUGAGAUUAUUUCAGAUGGAGAAGCAAAUGUAAGACAAAAUGACUCGUACCUGUUCAACCUGGACAACAAGGUUGGUGAGAUGUACUGCAUCGAUGCCCAGUUUUAUGGCAACGUCGGUAGGUUUAUGAACCACCUGUGUGAGCCCAAUCUGUUUCCUGUGCGGGUGUUCACCAAACACCAGGACCUGCGCUUCCCUCGUGUCGCUCUGUUCUCCUGCAAACCCAUACGGGCAGGAGAUGAGCUCGGGUUUGAUUAUGGAGAUCAGUACUGGAAGAUAAAGAGGAAGUAUUUCAGCUGUCAGUGUGGUUCUCCCAAGUGUAGGCACUCUGAUUUAGAUCAAGGCCAUACGGACAGCUCUGCCCAAACGCCCACUGUCCGGAGCUCUGCUCAGGUAGCCAGCACUGCAAGAACAGCCAGCCAACCCUGAAAACUGCCAGUACAUCCCUAAAUUACUCGCUGGACUCACUUACACCUCAGAGACUAUUUUACAAAGUGUAGUUAGUAACUGUUCAUUUUCACCUCAUCCUUGUAUUUUAAUUUUACUAUUUUACCUUGUUUUUUAGCGUAUACAAAACCAACAUUUUAAGACUCAUUUUAAAGAUUUUAUUUUAUUUUUUUAAUACCACAAGUAACUCAUUUUGUUUUUAGCAUGAAUGAUUGUUUGACAGAAUAAAAAGAAGACAUGUUAGUGUUAGAAGCCUAACAUUUAUCAUUUAUCAUGAAACAUGAGUUUUUUAUAUUGUAACUAACCGCAGCUCUGCUAACCAAAGCCUGAUCACAGUGAUAAUGCCUUCACAUUAGAAGUGAGAAACUGUAAUUACUACCAUCCACCGAGGCAAUUUUAUCCAUUUCUAAAUGGAACUUUUCAGUUAGCUUUUGGAAACUAUUUUUCCCCCUUUGUCUCCAUCCCCAAUCUAGUCAUUUCCAAUUCUUCAUUGUGAAUGUCCAAUCUGCAGCCACUUCUUAUCACCUGCCAGUGUUGGGUUCCCAUGGAGAGCCACACUAAGCCCCCUCUUCCCCCAUUGCAUAUUUAUGAGGCAUUUUAAAAUGUGUUUGGUUCUGCUUUAAUAAGUCUUAGUUCCCAUCCACUUUUAGACCCACUUUUCUGUGAGAUUAUCUUAGACUAAAUCUGCCACUGCAUACAUGAACACGACUUUAAUAUUGUAGUACAUUUUUAUAUUUAAAAUUUUAGUUUGGAAAUAAUUGUUAAUAAUAAAUAUGACCACCAACUUUGUUUUAAAUACUAGGAAAAACCUUUAAUGGAUAAUCUGUAAUAUGUGCUAAUGCUAUAUGAGGUUUGAUUAAUACUACAACCACAUUUCUACUCUGUAAAUGAAGUGUCAGAUCAUAUUUGCUUUUGGUUCGUCAUCAGCCCAAGUUUCUUUACAUAAGCACAUAAAUGUGAUUAAAAGAACUGCUAAACCAAAUUAGUUUUCAGGAUAUAAUUAA